AAGAAGAAGUUUUUUUAUAAUUCAUAUAUAAAUAUUUUCUCAUUUAAAACCAGUUGAAUUGAGACUUUGCAUGCUCAGUUGUUAUUCAUACUUGAACUUGAUCAGAACAUAAGACGCACGAAAUAUAGAUAGCUUUAAGAGAAGAUUUAAGAGAAUUUUUUUUUUUGUGAUUAACACAAUAUAAUCUUGUUUUUGUGAAAAAGAUCCUUUGAGCGUUUUUCUUAUACAAAAAAAAAAAAAAAAAAAAAAUAGUUACAACAAAACAGCCACGAAGUCGGAUUAAUACCUGAAGACUCAGGUGGAAUUACCAAAGUUCGGUCAUUGACUCAUUUUUUUCAAGAUACCCACAUUAUAAUUAAUCUCGUCGGAGUGCAUUGUGAAACUCUAAAUUAAGUGCAGUUCAAUUUUUGGAUUUAUUUAAAAAAAAGUCUCAACAAAAUGGUAAAGUUCUUAGAAGUCACCUUUUUCUUCUUGGUUUGCGUUUUAGCAGCCGUUAAUGGAAUCGAGUUUAUUGAAAAUGUAUCCCUGGAAGAAGGAGAUAGUUGUGAAACAAAAGCCGGUGAACCAGGAGUUUGUAGAUUACUAACCUCAUGCGGCGUUUACUAUGAAGGAUUAAAAAACAAAACAAUGGAAUAUGAGUCUAUGAUUCGUUGUUCAUUUAUUGAUUUAGAUGAAGUUAUUUGCUGUCCACUCAAUGACAAUCCAUCUAAACUUAUUCAGUUAUUAACAGGAGAAGUUGGAACAAAUACUCCCAGAGGAACAAGACAACCUGCUGAGACAGUGCCUACACGAAUCAGUGGAAAUGAUAGACCAUCAGUGGCAGCUUGUAAAAGAUAUAGUGGCACAAAACUUGGUUUCCACAUCUUGGAUGGUCUACCAGUGGCACCUGGUGAAUAUCCUCAUAUGGGAGGUUUAGUCUAUCCUUUGGGUGGUGGUGCUAGUGGCUUUGACUAUCGAUGUGCAUCAUCUUUGAUAUCAGAGCGAUAUGUUCUAACUGCUGCACAUUGUGUUAAUGAUCCACUUGCAUUGCCAACAUUUGUUCGAUUAGGUGUGGUUGUAUGGAAUGCCACCGAAGAUGAUGAAGAUAGUGAUGGUAUCCUUCCAGUUGAUAUUCCAAUUGAGAACAUAACAAUUCACAGACUGUACAAUCCACGAAUUCGUCACCAUGAUAUAGCACUAAUUAGACUCAACCAGGAUGUCGAAUUCUCUUCUUUUGUGCGUCCAGCAUGUCUUCACCAGGACACUCAGGAUCUCGAUUCAAAUACUCGACUAGUGGUUUGUGGAUGGGGAGUUACAGAUGUUCAAACUCGACAGCGGUCAGGAAUUCUCUUACAAACUAAUGUUACCACAGUACCAAUGAAGGAAUGCAAUUCUACUCACCUUGCUUUUCAUUUACCAACUAGUUCUUACAGAGUCGGACUUAAUAACGGGCAAUAUUGUGCAUUUGAUCCAGAAUUUAAAAAGGAUGCCUGUGAAUCAGAUUCUGGUGGUCCACUUCAAUUGGUUAAUAAUGGAGAUUCGACAAUAGUUGGAGUUAUUUCAUAUGGAUUUUCAUGUGCAACAAAUAUACCAGCAGUUUAUGCUAGAGUGGCACAUUAUUUAGAUUGGAUUGAAAGUAUUGUUUGGCCAUCAGCGUAGCAAUGAAAUAGCUGAAAAUAGUGGUCAUGCUCGAUAUCAGUCAAAACUUAUUAUAAAUUACAUUAUAAUGUUUUUAGUAAUAAUUUUAUUUUAGAAAGGAUAUUUUAGUAGUAAAUUAUUUAUAUUCAAAUUUUAAACAAAAUACACGUAAGAAAGAAAAAAAUAAAA